AUGAAGAACUUCAUCAGGUUCCAAUCAAAUUGCAAUGCUCUAGAAAAGCAGAUGAAGAGUCUAACAGAUCUUCAAAACAAAGUGAAAGAAGAAGUUGACUCGGCUUAUACUCAAAUAAUAGAAUGGCUCAGAGAAGUUCAACAAUUCACGCUUGAAGUGGCACACACUGCUAGAAUAGUCAAUAACGGAUGGUUCUUUAAUUUCAAAGAAAAUUGUAGACUUAGUAGGGAGACGGCCAGAAUGUUCAAGGAAGUAGAAAGAAUUCUGAAGGCUGGAAAUCUUACUUCUCAAAUGGUGGGUCUCAAUUACUUGGCAAAAACAGUUGAGCACAUCCCUAGACCUUCAAUUGAAAGUCAAUCUACAGCAUCAAAAACUUUAGCCAAAAUUAUGAAUCUAUUGAAUGACGAUAAUGUUUUGAGGAUUGGUGUUUGGGGCAUAGGAGGUGUUGGCAAAACUACUCUGGAUCCAAGUACAAAUAGCAGAGAGAUUGAAUUUAAAGGUGCAAAUGGAGAAAUUGUGGACAUAUUAGCAAUUCAACUUCAUGAGAGGCUCCAACAGGUGCAUAAAUAUCUUCUUAUCCUUGAUGAUGUUUGGGAGGCAAUUGACUUGGAUUGUAUCGACAUCCCACAACCUAAAACUAAUGCCGAUUCUAAGAUCAUAUUGACAUCUUGCUCCCAAGAGGUAUGCAGGGAUAUGAAGACUGAUGAAGAAGUGAAAUUGGAGACCGUGAAUGAUGAAGCAUGGAAAUUGUUUAGUAGAAAUGUGGGGGAGGUAAGUGAACUUGUAAAUUGUUGGCUAGCUAAAGGUCUGUUAGAUGAACAGCAAAGUUAUGAUGGCUUGCACAAUAGAGGGAUUGCUCUGAUUGAAAAUCUGAUGGACUCUUGUUUACUGGAAGGAGGAGAUCGUGAAGGCACUGUGAAGAUGCAUGAUGUAGUUGGAGAUGUUGCUAUAUGGAUCUCUUCUUCCAUGAAGGAUGGAUAUAGGUCACUUGUUCGGUCAGGAACUGGUCUAGCACUAAUUUCAGAAGCUAAAAUGUCCGAGUCUCUCAAAAGAGUCUCUUUCAUGAAUAACAGAUUAAGAAAGCUACCUGAUCUUAGAAUUCAUUGUCCACAGACCUUCACUUUACUGCUACAAGGAAAUCUCUCCCUUAAGAUCAUUCCUGAUGGAUUUCUGCAGGCAUUUCAGUCACUCAGGAUCUUAAAUAUCAGUGAAGCAUGCAUUCUGUCAUUGCCUCAAUCCAUUCUCCAAUUGAUCGAUCUUCGCAUGCUUGUCUUAAAGGAUUGUGUUUAUCUUGAUGACUUAACCCAAAUAAGCAACCUUAAUAAACUACUAGUGCUUGAUUGCUCUACCACCAACAUUACGAAACUGCCAGGCAGAAUGGAAAAUCUGAGCAACUUAAGGCAAUUAAGCUUGUCCCGCACAAAUAAACUAAAAUCCAUUAAAUGUUGCAUUAUAUCCCAAUUGGUUUGUUUGGAAGUCCUGGAUAUGACACGCAGUGCUUAUAUUUGGAGUGUGAAGCAAGAGUCAAAAAAUGGACAAGGCACUUUUGAAGAGCUCCAAUGCCUUCAGCACUUACAUGUCUUAUCCAUAAGAUUGGAGGGCAUUCCAUCUCUUCACUAUGAGGAUCUUUUCUGGAUAUGUAGAUUAAGACAAUUCCAAUUCUAUACGGGUGCAACAGCGAAAUCUCUGCCAAUUAAACGUGAAGAACGAUCAGUGAUUUUAAGAGAUAUUGAUCUUUCCCUAAAGUAG